AUGAUUAAUACGGCUCCAAUUGAAAAAAGAGACUGGGCCGUUAAGCUAUCCUCCAUCAUUCUCACUGAUGCUACCGAGGAUGAAACCUCUUAUUCUACUUUGCUCAACAAUCCCACUUUCCACUCAUACCGGAAAAAGAUGCUUGAUCGUCUUGCUGCAUCAUUGAUGGUCUCUAUCUCACCAUCUAUUAAAGAAAAGAUCCUAGAUCGCUAUGGCGACGAUUUCUCCAUCUCUACCGACCAAGUUACUAAGUUAUUGGAGCGUAAAGCACCCAACUCUGGUACUGAGAACAAUCAGGUCUUUAUUGCUCAUGGCAAAUACAAUGCAAAAAACAAGCACAAAACCUCGAAUAGAGAAUGUGCAGUUUGCAAGGGCCCACAUUCACUCGAAAACUGCAAAAUUUUCAAGUCGAAAUUUCCCCAAGCCCAUAUUUUCCAAAAAGCAAAGAAGAAAACCCAAAUGAAUACCUCUCAUUAUUCAGAUGGUAUGAAUGACUCCUCUUGGAUGGCCAUCUCCGACUCUGCUACCACAAAUUCCAAUGCUACUUCUUCGUCCGCACUUUCCUCCAAUCACUGGAUUUUUGACACCGGUUGUACCAGUCAUAUGACCCCUCAUCGCUCUGCCUUCUCUGAAUUCCAUACUGAUGUCUCUGGGUCCGUCAAGGGUGCUGGUGGUUCAGUUCGGAUUAAAGGACACGGUACUGUUAAACUCAAUGGUAUCACAUUGAAUGAUGUUCUGUAUGUUCCUGAUCUUCCAGUCAAUCUAAUCUCUAUUAGAAAGGCUACUCAGACCUCCAAGAAUAAGUUUGUUUUUACCAAUGAGAAAGUUGACGUGUUCAACGAAAACCACCGUUUAGUCUUAAGUGGUUCCUUGUGUGAUGGUUUGUAUGUCGUCACUGAUGGUACAAAUUCUAAAGUAAAUACCAAAAUCUAUAAAUAUACAGCUAAUUCAAUCUCUUCUUCUGUUUAUCCGCACGCAGCAUUUUCUCUUAUUUCUGACCCUCUGGGUCCCUCCUCCAUUCCAAACCAAGAUGAAGCUAUCAAAUGGCAUUCCCGUCUCGGUCACCCUGGUUUUGAGGAUUACAAUCGUUACGUAUCUAUUCUCAACUUACCUAAGUUGAAGACUCAGAAUCUAACUUUAUGUCCGACUUGCUCCUUAAGUAAAGGACUCAUCUCUACAGGUAUCUUAUCGACUCAAGAAUACAGCUCUCCCCUUCAGCUUAUCCAAGUCGAUCUUUGUGGAAAUUUUAGAUAUAAUGAAUUUCAAGCCCACAACUAUUUUUUAACAAUUCGAGAUGCUUAUUCUCGCUACUACGCUGUCAUCCAUUUGAAGAACAAAUCAGAUGCUGCACAAGCACUAAUUGACUGGGUUACUGCACAAGAAAACUACUUCUCACACAGAGGCGGUUAUAAAGUUGCUGCAGUUAGAUCUGAUAAUGGGGGGGAGUUUUGCAAUGACCAAUUAAAUAUAUUCUUCAAGAAUAAAGGUAUUCAACAUCAACUAACUAUACCACAUCAAAGUUUCCAAAAUGGGGGAGCUGAACGGGCACAUCGUUCCAUACAAGAAAAAGCUCGUUGCUUAUUACUUGGUGGUCGAGUCCCUCCUUCAUUAUGGGCGGAAGCUGUUUCUACCGCAGUAUAUCUGUUAAACAGAACACCCAUCCGAAGCCGUAAGUUCAAGAUCCCUCACUGUGUGUGGUCUGAUCUGCCAAUCUCCAAGUUCGGUAUUAAGCAUUUGAAAACUUUCGGAUGUGCCGCUUAUGCUACGUUACCUCAGACAUUGAGAGAUGGUAAGUUUGCACCAACUUCGAUUAGUGGUGUCAUGGUAGGUUACGACUCCGAUCACCGAGGUUAUAGGAUUUUCCACCCUCCAUCCAGAAAAGUCUUUGUCUGUAGUCAAGUUAAAUUUGAUGAAUCCAUUUUCCCAUUAGAACAGACAAAAUCAGUUGAAUUAUCCCAUGAUUUUGCCACUUCCACCAUUUCAGGAGCACCACGUUAUCCUCAAUCUGGUAGCUCCAUAUUUGCUCCCAGAAGUAUGAAGUUUCCCAAACCAUCUAUCCCUACAACAGACGUUAGCUCUGUUGAUAUUACUGGUAAUAUCUCAUUACCAUCCACUGGUACUAACGACAACGUUCCUCACUCUUUAUCAUUACCCAACUCACCAAUUCCAGACGAAGGCUCUAUUCAUCAAGAUGGUGAUCAUUUUAUGGAUGCACCAUCUUCUCCUCCUUCUCAUCAUUCUACCUUUUCAGAAACAUCUACAAGUCCAGCAUCUGGCGAUGCAGUCCAAAGUUCAUUAUCGAUGACCCAAAACCACAUUGACAGAUUAGAGACCACAAUUAAUGACUUGUCAGAUAAAAUUACCGCUCUUUCUGAACAACAUUCAUCUUCCCAAGUCGAUCCAAUCUCUGAUCUAUCUCAUGAUCUGAUGCAGAACCAAAUUGAGACGUUAUCUAACCAGGUCGGUAAAUUAUCCACUGAACUUCGUCAAAAAGAGCAAACUAUUAGUCGCAUGCGCCCACAUAAAAAGGUUGGGAAUCACCGAGUACAAACUACCUAUAGAACUCCGAGAGAAAAUAGCAUUAUCUUGGAAGAAAAUGAUGUGCCUCAGGCUCAGGUGACCAAAAGACGCCAACUUCCAUCCACUGAUCCACGAAGAACAUUUAAUUUUCUUUCAACUCAACUCUCUACUAUUGAUUCCACAGAUUUCUCUAGUGUCAUUGUCCCACCUGGUAUUCUGUAUAACGACACGAAUAAACCAAUAUCUGUUUCCACUGAAGAACUUCAUAUGCAAGCUGCCAGGUUCACAAGUCAAAACAUGCCCAAUGAACAUUGGAAGCAAGGUCCUUUCCCAGUCGGAGGUAAUAAAGCCAUUCUUCCACCUGCUUCCGCUAUUCCAGCUAACUCGAUCAUUCCAGGAGACACCGACAGGAAUGACGUUACAACGAGAGUAUUAACUGCUCCACCGAUGCAGAAUAGCACAUCCUCUUCUUCUGGCACUUCUGGUGUUAUUCUGGUCCAUCACGCCUUGACUGCUAUGGUCACAGCAUUUUCAUUUAUUGCUGACAAGGUCCCAACUACUUUCAAACAGAUUCUUGUACAUCCCGAGUCUGAUAGUUGGCUCACCGCAUGCCAACAGGAACUUCAAGCUUUCAGGGAUCAUGACAUCUAUGAAUUGGUCCGCUUACCUUCUGGCCGUAUACCAUUAGGUACAAGAUGGGUUUUUACCUUAAAAGACAACCAUCGUCAUAAGGCACGUUUAGUAGCCCAAGGUUUCAAACAAGUUGAAGGGAUUGACUACCAAGAGACUUUUGCUCCCGUCAUUCGGUAUGAUUCUGUUCGUGUUUUUCUAGCUAUUUCGGCCUGUUUAGGAUUACGUGUACAUCAAAUGGAUGUGGACACUGCAUUCUUAAAUAGUGAAAUCGAUGAACCAGUGUACGUUAAACAACCUCCUGGUUUUGAAGAUCUACAACAUCCUGACUGGGUCUGGAAAUUGAAAGGUGGAAUGUAUGGUUUGAAACAGGCACCUCUACUCUGGAAUAAACACAUUCAUACUUCCCUUACUUCACUUGGGUUCAAUCGUCACCCAGGUGAGCACUGUCUAUAUUAUAAGGACACGUCUGAAGGACCUGUUUUUGUUGCAUUAUAUGUCGAUGAUUUGUUGAUUGCUGCUCCCUCUCCCCGUAUUAUGAAACUUGCCAAACAAGCGUUGAACAAUAUUUACUCAAUGAAAGAUCUUGGUCCUAUUAAUAAGUUCCUAGGAACCAAUUGUUCUCAAGAUAAAGAUGGGAACAUUACGUUGAAGAUGACUGAUUACAUCACGAAAGCAACCGAUGCCAUGGAUAAUGAAAGUAAAAAACCAACUUACAAUCCCAUGUCAGGGGGUAAAGAUUACUUCGAUAUUACAUCUCCACCGGUUCAAUCUAUUAAAGCAUACCAAAGCAUCAUUGGCCAAUUAUUGUUCAUUGCUAAUGCAGGCCGCCCAGACGUUGCCUUUCCGGUAUCCUUCUUAUCAAGAUUCUUAAAAGAUCCAAGAGAAGUACAUAUGGAUGCUGCUACUAGGAUCAUGCGGUACUUAUAUACAACUAGAGAUUAUGGUAUCAGAUAUAGGUCAAAAUUAAAAAGGCAGCUGACUGUGUACACAGAUGCCUCACAAGGUGCUGCAUGGGACAUGCCAUUUUCCACAAGUGGUUAUGCUACUUUCCUAGCUGGUGGUGCCAUAACAUGGUGUUCAAGAAGAAUUAGAUCCACAAUAUGCUUAUCUUCCACUGAGGCUGAAUGCAUAGCUGCAAGUGAAGCAGUAUUAGAAACAAUGUGGUUAUAUAACCUCUUAGAACAUAUGGGAUACCCACUCUCAGAGAACCUAUUGGUGAUAGAUAAUGAGCCUGCUAUCAAACUAGCAUCACAUCCCAUUCUGCACUCUAGGACAAAACAUAUUAAGUUAAGAUAUCACAAGAUUAGAGAAGCUGUUGACGACGGCAUCGUAAAAAUUGAAUAUGUUAACACCUUGGACCAAGUUGCUGAUAUAUUAACAAAAGCUUUACCCCAGAAACAGUUUAACCACCUACGUGAUAAGCUAGUUUCCAUGUGUUGA